AGCUGACACACGGUUUCAGCAACAUCUACCGCGGAGGGAUGGAGGGAAGGAUGGAGGGAUGGAGGCCGUGCGCCGUUUCCCCGCUCCCGCCGAGGCCGCGCCGUGCGGCGAGGACGCGCGCCGCUUCCCCCGGGCCGUCUUCCCAGAGCUACUGUGUCAUCUAAAGGGCGGCUAUGGACCCCGAGGCGGAGAUAAAGAAGCAGGUGAACCCUUUCUACUGUAAUAUUUGCAAAAUCUGGUGUGCUUCCGCAUUAAACUUGCAGACUCACUUCCUCGGAUUCAAGCACAAGAAGGUUGAAGAAGCCCUGAAGGCUCACGGCAUUGUUAAAACUGUGAGUGGCACAGGGGACCGAGUGAAAGCACCUGUAAAGCUUCCUGAUUAUGUGCAGACUAAACCAGAAAGGUAUCAUGGACAGACCUUGGAAGAACAGCUUAAUACAUGUAAAGAUUCAGAACCUGCACUUGGACUUAAUUAUAUAAUUGAAUAUCGAUCAAAAGACAAUAUUCCUUUUCUCUAUGAGUGUCAACUGUGCCACUGUAAAACAGGACUGAGCAACAUGUUCAUGCAUGUUUGUGGCUCCAAGCACAGACUGGCAUAUCUGAAACAACAUUAUCCUGAGAUAGCAGAAUCGGAUGAAGUUAAGGGUAAAGGCUCUGAACUGAACAGAAAAGUUAGGCAAGUUGCAUUAACAAUUGAGAAGAAAGAAGGAAGAAAACAAUUAAAGGUUGUUGUAGAAGCUCCGAUAAUCAGGAAGAGAUGGCAAGAAUAUCCUAAUGCAGAUGAUAGCCCUUCAAAAGCUAAAGUUCAGCAUGUGGAUACGUCACUUAGUAAUGAAGAAGGAACAGACUGUAAAAAUAAGGAUGGAAAAUUGCCAGAUCUGAUUCAAGAAGAAAAGAACGUUCAGGAGGAGCAGGAAAACUGUCAGAAAGACCAGGCAAUACCAGAUGAGAAGGUUGAAACUAACAAGGCUGUUGAAAGCACCAAAGGCAAUCACCCUGAAGAAGGCAGCAAAGGCAACAGUUCUGAAAAAUGUGAGACCAAUAUACAACUGCAGGAAGAAAACGAGGAAGUCAAGCAAGCAUCUGCGGCAACUGCUGAAGAGUUCACUAGUCAGGAAGAGCUCUUGAGUUACCUGCAAAGUUUUGAGAUACUGAAUGAAGAUGAUGCUGCUUUUAUCCUAAAAGUCACACAGACUCUCACAGAGGCAUUGGUGGAAUAUCGUCAGCAAGCUGCAUCAAAAAAAGACCUCUUAGAUAAUGAACGUAAUGGAGAAGAAGCAUUGGAAUGUUCUACACAACAAUCUGAGCUGACUUCUGCAGAUAUUAGUGAUUCUGAUACUGACUAUUCAAGCAGCCGUUCAGCUAAAAAGUCCUUAUCAAUAAAUGAGGAAGAUGAACUGCAAAACUUUUCAACUGGCUCUUUGGACACAGCAUAUGAGAACAAUGUCACCACUGAAUUUUUGAACAGCGUAAGAAAUAUGGAUGUUGAGGAAGUUACUGCUACUCUACAUAAAAUAGCGGCCACAAAUCCGGCUUUCAGAGGAAUGGAUAUUCCAAAUGUUGUAAAGAUCCUGACUGAAAGUGGGACUCUGAGAAGACCAAGCAAUGGCAGCACACAGUGACAUGGUAGUUAACAGAGUUACUAUUGCAAUAUUUACUUUCUGUAAGUUUGAAAUCACUCUUUUGCUUAAUUUGAACUCAAUGUAGCGAUUUUGUGGUAUCCAAAUACUGCAUGAUGUUCUUUUAAUUAAUAAUUCGGUUUUGAGAUUCUUAUUAAUUUCUACUAUUGCUGAAAUGUUUGUGGAAAAGUUAAAUUUCAUGUUCUUUCCUUUUCCAUUGACCUGUAUUCUUAAAAUGGGUAGCUGUUAUUUUCCUAAAUAUUUUUACAUACUGUAUAUUAGCAGUCUGAUCUCUUCUUUUUGAUUCUUAUGGCUCUUUGUAAGAGUUAAUCACAGAAUUGUAGGGGUUGGAAGGGACCUCUGGAGAUGAUCUAGUCUAACCCCCUACUAAAGCAAGUUACCUACAGUAGGUGCACAGGAAGUCAUGCAGGCGGGUCUUGCAUAUCUCCAGAGAAAAAGACUCUGGAGAUACAACCUCUCCAGUGUUCUGUCACCCUCAAAGAAGUUUUUUUUUCCUUAUGUUUUUAUGGAACUCCCCCUGUUCCAAUCUGUGCCCGCUGCCCCUUGUUCUGUUUCUGGGCACCACUGAAAAAAGCCUGGCCCCACCCACUUGACUCCUGUCCUUUGGGUAUUUUUAAGUGUUGAUAAGCUCCCCCCUUUUCUCCAGGGUAAACAGUCCCAGGUCUCUCAGCCUUUCCCAUAAGGGGAAUGCUCCAGGUCCUCAUUAUCCUUGUGUCCCUCCACUGGACUCUCUCCACAAGUUCCCUGUCUUUCUUGAACCAGAGAGCCUGGAACUGGAUGCAGUACCCAAGAUGUGGCUUGACCAGGGUAGAGCAGAGAGGGAGGAGAACCUCCCUUGAUUGGCUGACCAUGCUCCUUUUCAUUCACCUCAGGAUACUUUUGGCCUUCUUGGCCACAAGGGCACACUGCUGGCUCAUGGCCAGCCUGCUGUCCACCAGGACACCCAGGUCCUUCUCUGCAGAGCUCCUCUCUUAGGUCAGCCCCUAACCUACGUUGAUGUGUAUGGUUAUUCCUCCUCAGGUGUAGGACUCUGCACUUGCCCUUGCUGAAUCUCACCAGGGUCUUCUCUGCCCAACUCUUCAGCCUGUCCAGGUCUUGCUGACUGAAAGCACAGCUUUCUGGUCAGCCACUCCUCCCAGCUUUGUAUAAUCAGUGAUCUUGCUGAGGGUGCAUUCUAUCCCUUCAACCAGGUUAUUGAUGAGGAUGUUGAGCAAGGCUGGACCCCGUAAUGACUCUUGGGGAACACCGCUAGCUACAGGCCUCCAACUAGACACUACACCACUGAUCACAAGCCUCUGAGCUCUGCCAGUCAGCCGGUUCUCAAUCCACCUUGCUGUCCACUCAUCUAUCCCACACUUCCUAAGCUUGCCUAUGAGAAUGUUGUGGGAGACAGUGUCAAAAGCCUUGCUGAAGUCAAAGUAUGCAACAUCCACCGCUCUCCCCUAUCUACCUAGCUGUUCAUGACAUCACAGAAGGGUACCAGAUUGGUCAAGCAUGAUUUCCCCUUGGUGAAUCCAUGUUGACUAGUAAUAACCUUCUCUUCCACUACAGCAGUCAGCAGUACAAAUGCAUCCUACAGCAAACAGUCAAAUUAUCCCCUGUGGCUGCAGAGCCGUACUGAAAGGCUACUGAAAUAAGAGAUAUCCUCCCAAAUAAAGACUAUGAAUUGGUCUCCUGUUUUUCAAUAAAGAUUAAAAAUUAUAACAAGUCAGUGCCGUCCAUCCAGUUCUGAGUUAAGUGCAUGAAUUAUAGGUAACUUUGGGAGUGUAGUUAACAGUUAGCAAACUCAACUGAGGUUGACUUGCUUGCAAUUCUGGGAUAUAUCCCAAGAGAUGUAACCAGACUAUGCUUCAGAAACGCUGAUGUGGUAGUGAGAGAAUGUUUUAUCUUCUCUUAUUUUACCACUAUAAGCACGAUCUGAAAGCUGGCUUAUACUGUCCUUCAAUUCAUGCUCUUUUAAAGUGACCUUUUUUUUUUUUACCUGUAGUAAUAGUGUUUUUGACUAUAUAUAGACAGGGAUUCCAUAUGUUAGCUGCUAUUAAUUUUGUAGGAUGAUAAAAAAAAUGUUUUGGAUGGUUACAGACAUGUUUGGGGAAGAGAAUUAAAAAUUAAAUUGUGUGGUUCAAAUUUACUUCCUGAGUAGAAUUUGAUGCUUCUAAUUAAAGCUCUUCAGCAUUGCAGUCAAAAGCUGGUAUAAUGUAGACAUGGUGGAGCCAGAUUGCAAACAAACUUUUUAAUGUUAGCUUGCUUUUUUUGGAGAUCUGUAUGAAAUUGAGAGUCCUCAUCUUUGUGUUUUCACAUCUUCACAUCCUGGAAUGCAAGAUGCCAUGAAAAAUAAGGUAACAAACAAAGCAGCAGUUAAGGAGUAUGGUUAGUUAUGAAUGAAAACAGUUCAAUGACAGUUAAAGAAGUUAAAAGACAAAACAAUUACUGCUUUAAAGUAAUAAUGAAGAAUCUCUAGAAUGGCUUUAAAUAAGUUCUCAUCAGAAACAGAGGUGGAACCGUAGCUGUUACAGCUUGUUUUCACUAUAAUAGGGACAGUAUUCAUGUCUUCUUAACGAAGAUGUGCUUGAUCAAUAAAAACAUCUUAGAGUUGACGUGGGAUACAGAUAUGUUCCUGAAGUAUCUCCAAUAAUAGCAACUUUAUGUUUUUGUUUUCAUAGUGCAGAACAUUCUUUUAAUUAAAAUAAUCCUAUUCAGCUGUUGUAAAUGGCCAUCUCUGGAACAGCUUCUUUUUUCGCUUGCUGUGAAAUCCUUCCUAAUGGAAAUAAAACUAAGGGGAAAUUACUUGGAUUUAAGUUUUUUUUUUUCCUCAGGUCCAUUAAGCACAUGCUGAAAAUGGAAAGACUUAUGAAUCUAAAGCACACUGGUAUAGAAUGGUUUGAAUGAUAUGCUGCAGAGUGCCAGUGUGCUUCCCGAAGACAAAAUAGUGAAUGAAAAAAAUGACAAAAUGCUUCUGGAAAUGUUUUUGGAAAGAAUGUCUAACAUAGCAUAUUGACUUGUCUCCCUUUAAAGCUUUCUUUUCUGAUGCAAAUAGAGGCUCUAAAAGAGCUGGAUUAUUUUGUUUGUUCUUUUAUCUGCCUGUGUUUCGUGAUGGCUUGGUAUAUUCUCACACUAAUAGAAAACUGUAUGCCCAUUCCAAAACAGUUUUUAAGGAUAACAUCUAACUUGUGCCAGAAUUGUGUUGUUUAAAAGAGAAGAAAAAAAAAAGGCACUAUCUCUAUUAAUGAUACUUAAGGAAUGUUACUGACUGUAUAUGAUGUUAUACAUUGAUUGUUACAGUACCAUUGAGACACAAGAAAAAAUUAUACCAAGCAGGAAUUGAUUUUUCUUUUAGCUUUGUGUUACUUCACCAUAUUUUACUAAGACACCAGAGAGCUUUGGGAAAUUGUCUUUAACAAAAUUGCAGAACUUGAACAUCUCUUAGAAGGCAUAAAGUGGAAAAGAGAAGGGUAUUCACAGGUGAAUUGACAGGGAAUGGAAAGUUUUGACUGUGCAACAGAAGACUUACUGUCUGGUGUAGGUUAUGAUGAUCUCUGCUAUAAAGUUCUGGAAACAUUCUGCUCUUAUAGAAUCAUAAAGGAUGGAAAAGAAGUUCAGCCACCAACCCCUGCCCACUAAACCAUGACACUCAGUGCCACAUCUGCACCUCUCUUGAGCACCUCUGGGAAUGGUGGCUUUACCUCCUCCCUGGGCAGCCUGUUCCAAUGCAUUAUCACUCUUUCUGAGAAUAAAUGUUGCCUAAUAUCCAACCUGAACCUCCCCUGGCACAAUGUAAAGCCGAUAUGUCUCAUUCUAUUGCUAGUUUCCUCUUGUUUUGCUUCCUGUUUCUUCUAGGACUAUGGUAUGUCUUUCUCAGUGAAGAAUUGGUUAUCCCUUGUGAACUUGAUCUAGGUAUCGAUGUACAAAAUGCAUAUAGUAUGCCUGAAGGUAUGGUACUAUAUGUGAAACCUGAAAUGCUAAUACUGACUGCAUUGCCUUCACUGAAAUUAUUCUUAAGUCUUUUAAGUGUUUCUCUACUUUGUAAAUGCAAAUACUGUUUGUUUGUUUUGGUGGGAGGAAAUGUUAUUACCAAAGUUCAUUUUAGAAACAUAAUUAAAAAUAUUCUCAUGGA